AUCACAGAAAGGACAGGAGGAAGUGUUGUCUGUUUUCAUUUUUCUGUGAGCGAAAUAUGUAGUUUUCCUCUGUGAAUAUGAACUGGAUUUGACAGAAAAGAACAUAGUUAAUCAGUUCAAUAACCUGAAAUAAUCAGCCACUCGAAAGGCUGUGCAGAGAAGAUGAGCGACCAGUUCGUAAUGGAUAUCAACAAUUUAAACACACUGGAUAAGGAGUGUAGUGCCCUUGGUGGCUUGUUCCAGACGGUCAUGAGUGACAUGAAGGCUGGCUAUCCAGUGUGGGAAGACUUGGCUGCUAAAGCACUCAAGCUGCACUCGUCCAUGAAGGCGACCAGUAUCGCAGCUACAGCUUUCCUGGAUUCCUUUCAGAAAGUAGCUGACAUGGCCACCAACACGAAAGGAGCGACGAGGGACAUCGGCACCGCGCUGACGCGUCUCUGCAUGCGGCAGCGCAGCAUUGAGGCCAAGAUGAGGCAGUUCACGACGGCCGUCGUCGAGAAUCUGGUGGGACCCCUGCAGGACAGGAUGGAAGACUGGAAGAAGAUGGCCGCCCAGCUCGAUAAGGAUCAUGCUAAAGAAUACAAGAAAGCACGGCAUGAGAUCAAGAAGCUGAGUACAGACACUGUCCGGUUACAGAAGAAAGUGAAAAAGGGUUCGACGGACAAGCAGAAGCAGCUGCAGUGUCACCUGCAGAACGUCAGCGACAAGUAUCUGCUACUGGAGGAGACGGAGAAGAACGCCGUGCGGCAGGCGAUGAUCGAGGAACGCAACCGCUUCUGUCUGUUCGUGAACAGCGUCCGGCCCGUCGUGGACGUGGAACUGGAGAUGCUGAGUGAGAUCACGCACCUGGAGGAGAUCAUGGAGGCGCUGAAGAAACACACGGCCGAGCCGAAGUCGCUGCCGGACAUGAGCGAGCAGGUCAUACGCGAUGUGCGCGGCUCCGAGAGCACGACCUCCUUCUUCCAGGCGUCGCUACAGGAAGCCAGCAGCACAGGCUCGAGCAAUGCCAGUACGCCCUCCUCACCCUACCCGCCAGUCAUGACGUGGCCCGCGUGGCCCGAGGGGCUGGAGAGGGGCAUGCCCGAGCGGCCACACACAAUAUCCAGUCCGUAUGAGCAUCACCAGGCGCCAUCACGACCCCCACUGACUUCACAGACAUUUGAACCUCCUGACAAGAUCAUGGAACGCUCAAUGUCUACACCAACCAAUUCACUGCCAAGACCUGAGAGAAGGACUAGCUCAUCCUCCCAGAACAGCACUUCAUCGAAAGAGCAGCAGCAGCAGCAGCCACAGGUAAGACUCAACAAGGGAGCUUCUCUGUAA